GGCUCCGCGUGGGUGGCGGCCGCGCAGAGCGGAGCCUCCGCGCCCGCAGAGAGGCGGCGGCGGCGGCGGGGCCGGGGCCGGGGCCGCCGGGCCCGGGCUCGGCGGAGCAUCGCGGAACGGAGCAUGUCGGCUCUGAGGAGGAAGCUGGGGGAUGACUACCAGGUAGUGAGCACCUCGGCCAGCGGCGGGGGGCUGCCGCCGCCGCGGGCGGCCCCGCGGGGGAAGAGGCAGCGGUUCGUGGACAAGAACGGGCGGUGUAACGUGCAGCACGGCAACCUGGGCGGAGAGACCAGCCGCUACCUCUCGGAUCUCUUCACCACCUUGGUGGAUCUCAAGUGGCGUUGGAACCUCUUCAUCUUCAUCCUCACCUACACCGUGGCCUGGCUCUUCAUGGCCUCCAUGUGGUGGGUGAUCGCCUACAUGCGAGGGGACCUCAACAAGGCGCACGAUGACAGCUACACCCCCUGUGUGGCCAACGUCUACAACUUCCCCUCCGCCUUCCUCUUCUUCAUAGAGACCGAAGCCACCAUCGGCUACGGCUACCGCUACAUCACGGACAAAUGCCCCGAGGGCAUCAUCCUCUUCCUCUUCCAGUCCAUCCUGGGCUCCAUCGUGGACGCCUUCCUCAUCGGCUGCAUGUUCAUCAAGAUGUCCCAGCCCAAGAAGAGGGCUGAGACGCUGAUGUUCAGCGAGCACGCCGCCAUCUCCAUGCGGGACGGCAAGCUGACCCUCAUGUUCCGGGUGGGCAACCUCCGCAACAGCCACAUGGUCUCCGCGCAGAUCCGCUGCAAGCUGCUCAAAUCUCGCCAGACCCCCGAGGGUGAGUUUCUCCCGUUGGAUCAGCUGGAGCUGGACGUGGGCUUCAGCACAGGGGCUGACCAGCUUUUCCUGGUGUCCCCCCUCACCAUCUGCCACGUGAUAGAUGCCAAGAGCCCCUUCUAUGACCUCUCCCAGCGCAGCAUGCAGACGGAGCAGUUCGAGAUCGUCGUCAUCCUGGAGGGCAUCGUGGAGACCACAGGGAUGACGUGCCAGGCCAGGACCUCCUACACCGAGGACGAGGUGCUGUGGGGCCACCGCUUCUUCCCGGUCAUCUCCUUGGAAGAAGGCUUCUUCAAGGUCGACUACUCCCAGUUCCACGCCACCUUUGAGGUGCCCACCCCCCCUUACAGCGUGAAGGAGCAGGAGGAGAUGCUGCUGAUGUCCUCCCCUCUGAUAGCGCCGGCCGUGAGCAACAGCAAGGAGCGGAGCGGCUCGGUGGAGUGCCUGGACGGGCUGGACGAGGUGGGCACCAAGCUCCCUUCAAAACUGCAGAAAAUAACUGGGAGGGAAGACUUCCCCAAAAAACUCCUCAGGAUGAGCUCCACCACCUCGGAGAAGGCCUACAGCAUGGGGGAUUUGCCCAUGAAACUCCAGCGGAUCAGCUCCGUCCCGGGCAACUCCGAGGAGAAACUGGUGUCCAAGACCACCAAGAUGAUCUCAGACCCCAUCAGCCAGUCGGUGGCCGACCUGCCCCCCAAGCUGCAGAAGCUGUCAGGUGGUGGCAGGAUGGAAGGGAACCUUCCCCCCAAACUGAGGAAAAUGAAUUCUGACCGGUUUACAUAACCCCGGCGGGGGGCCUGGGGCUGCGGUUCGGAGCUUGGACUGCCGCCG